UUGACUUUGAAAUGGCUUGAAUCUUUCCUGUUGGACUGGAGUUGGAAUUUCAGGAUAUCAGUCCCAGGCACUUUUGGGAGUCUAAUGGAGCUACCUGAACUGGAUGACAUUGUAGCCUGCAGGGACCUAGUUCCUCUAAUGCCCUGUUGAAAUACCUGUAAGCAAUGAUUAGCUCAAAAGAGGAAGCUUCAAUAACAUUUCUGCAGUAUGUUGAAGAUUGUGGACUAAGAGCAUAUGACAGAUUGGUCUCACAGAACGUCAGCCACGUGUGGAAUGAGAAAAACUGGAUUAACUUUCAGGAGAAAAUCGAAAAGAAGCAAAAGCAGGAAGAAGCCAUUAAAAGGGCGGGAGAGGUGAUCACCGAGGGUAAGCACCUGCGAAUGGGCUCCAUGAGCAUGCCAGCCCCUGUGGAACACAUGUCCCCUUACCAGCACCAGCCCCCCUGUAACCCAGGUUUCACUGUUCGCUCUCAGUCCCUGCACUCUGUGGAAGGAGAGGAAGAGGAGGGCAGUCCCACAUCCCGUAAGCAGCCCCCACCCAAACCCCGGCGGGACCCCAGCACCAAGCUCAGCAUCUCCUCUGAAGCUGUGGACCUCAGUCCCACUGGGUGUAAAGGCGAUGACUCAGAGAAGUGUGACGGAACACAAGGCUGCAGUGAGGACUGCAGGAAAGUUCCCCCACCGAAGCCUAAGAGGAAUCCCAACACACAACUGAGCACUUCCUUUGACGAGUCUUACAUCCGCAGUCAUGGUUCAAAAGGUUCUCCCACCAUGCUCUUCUCAAGUGAUGGCCAGGCUCCUUCUCCUGCUCAGCCACAGGGCCCACAGGAUUCAGACUUAGAUGAACCUAUCUACAUUGAGAUGUCUGGGAAUGUGGGACGAGAACCGAAACUUCGUCCUGAGGAAGAUGUGCCGGGUGAGGCUGUCUAUGAAGAGAUGAAGUACCCAGCACUUGACGAGUUUGACUUGCGAUGGGAUCUUUCUAGCAGUCGUGCCACGCCCUGCACAACUGAGCUUGAUAUCUAUGCCCCCCUAAGCCGUUGUACCACCCCUCGGGGCACGCCAGUUUGUGAAAUCCCUGCCCCAUUCCCCAACCUGUUGACCCAUAGGCCACCUUUACUGGUUUUCCCUCCAGCCCCUGCUCAGUGCUCACCCAACUCGGAAGAGUCCCCACUCACCCCUCUCGAUGUAGCAAAGCUUCCUAUGUUAGAGAAUGGUUCUUAUGGCAAGUCACCAAACUUAUCUUCUCUAGAUCCCUCUGGCUCUGCAUCUAUGCCACACCUAAGACGUGCCGAGAGGGAGCUAACAGCCACUCCUACAAUAACAAUAUCUGGGCGAUCGUCGGCACCGCCACUGCCCUGUGCACUCUAUAAAAGUUCCUCCUCGUCACAGGGUUAUCAGCGCAGCCACUCAGCCUGCCCCUCACCUGUGAGUAUGGGCCGCUGCCUGACGCCCCUCAGCCUCAUGCGAUCACCACCUUUAGAUGGGCCAUUUCCUACAGCAGGCAUUCCUCGCAGCACCUCUGCCACACCUCAUGGAAAGGGAUCACCACCACAGGAUGUAGGCUCAGGGGGACGGCAUCAUGGCUCUAUGCAGAACAUCUCAGUUGCACGAUCACGGACGCCCACUAGCCCUCUGGAUGAGCUCACAAACCUCUUCACCACUGGCAGGAACAUGCUGAAAAAGAAUACCAGCGGCAGAAAGAGCAAGGAGCAGGGAGAAAUUGAAACCAAAGGAAAAGGUCACAGUUCUGAGUCCAAACGGGAGCACAAGGAGAGGAGUCAUCACAGCAAAGAAUCCAAGCGGGAUAAAGACCGCAGCAGCAAUGGAAAGUCCUUGCAUCGGCGUGACAGCAAAGACAGAGAACCAAAUGGCACUGAAGCCUUAUCUCGACAUGACAACAAGGACUGUGGAUAUAGUAAUGUUGAGACAUUAGCCAGAAGGGACAGCAAAGACAGGAUAUAUAACUGCCCAGAUCUGCCAGCCCGACAAGAGAGCAAAGAUCGAGGCAGUAGUACUGAUGCACUGCCUCGACAAGAUAGCAAAGACAGGGGCUGCAAUAGUGCAGAAUCCUUUGCCAGACAUGACAGUAAAGACCGAUGUUGUAUUGGUCCAGAACACUUGACCAGACAAGACAGUAAAGAUCUGCUAAGAAAUGGUCUAGACAGCAGACGUGACAGCCGAGAAAAUGUUUGCUAUGGGAUAGACCUUCUUCCCAGACAUGAAAAUAAAGAUCUGGGUAGAUCAGGCUUGGAACGUCAAUGGGAUAAAGAUGGUGGCAAGCAUGUCAUAGAAUCUGGUCAGGACAAGGAGAAAAGCAACCACAGUACAGAGAGCAGGAGGGGGAGCAAGGAAAGGAUCAUGAAUGGCAAUGAUGUCAUGUGCAGAUGGGACUGCAAAGAAAGGGAAGUACACACAAAUGGGACUUUACCCUGGUAUGAUGAGAAAGAUAGAAGUAAUUAUAGCACAGAAUCACCCAAAGCACAGGACAAGGAGACAAGGCCUGGAUCUUCAGCCAUGGCAUCAUCCACUUGGACUGGACGAUCCUCCAUGUUUCCAAAUAUAAUGUUAGGGAACUCAAACUCUGAUCUGAAGACGGUUCCAAAGGCAGGACGGUCUUCUUCCACAACAGUAUCACCAUCUCCAAAAGGCACACCUCAGAGACAACCAGCUGAUGUCCAACAGAUGCCCCCUAUGCCAUGGUUGUAUAGUGACAGUACCAUGCUGGAGAUGAUCGAGAGGAAACAGCGCCUCUGCCGGGAGAUACGGUAUCGACAACGUCUUCCUGACCGUAGUCCAUGCAAGAAAGAAAGCCUGCCUACCAUGCCCAGCUGGAAAAAAACUAACGGGGCAAAGAAGCACAGCCCACCCCCCUACCCUACUCAGACUACAGUCUUCUGGGACACAGCCAUUUGACUUUGUGGUCUUGUGAGCAUAUUAGGAUCAUGCUCUGUCCUUUAAUAUCAGGCAAGGUUGAACCCACCAGAGGAUGAGUGGGGUUGCCAUAGCAAUAUUUCAGAGGUUGCAGUUUAUGAAGUUUUCAUAUUAUUGUUGAUAUCUAAUAUUUUUAUAUGCAAUGUGAUUCCUUAAUGACUUAGCAUCAGUAGAUAUUUUCUAAAUUAAAUACAUUAUCUUUGCAAAGAUUGUGUAGAGUUUUUCUACCAUUCUUUUCUUUUCUUGUUUGUUUGUUUGUUUUGUUUCUUUCCUUCUUUUUUAACUUUGCAAUACACAAUCAAUACCUUUUCAUCAAGCUUUGACUUGCCUUUCUAUUUUAAGACCUCUGGAAAUGAAGUUUGUGUGGUAUUUUACCACACUGAAUGAAGUCUUUUUUAACACUGGACGUUAUGAUGAUUGCGUUAGGGCUAGCUUCCUUCUCACUGCCUUUCCACACAUUAGAACAUUUAUUUGAAUGUGUAAUAUUAAGAAAUAAACAGAUCAAGUAUUUCUCAAAAAUCCUUCAAAAGGGUUAUAUUGUUUUCAACUACAUUCUCAUUUGCUCUGCCUUUAGUUUAGUCAUUUUAAGUGAGUGGUAGCUUUCAGAGAGUAUGUCUCUGAUUUAAGGUCAGUUUGUUGCACAUAUGAAAAGGGUAACAGUUUUUCUAAUACAAAAAUGUCUCAUUUAUGGGAUGUUGUAUCAGCUCUGUGUGUACAUGACAUGUACAGGUGUAAAACUCGAGGGACGGCACUCUCCUCUUUGGGUCUGUGGCAAUAGAUGGCAGGUGCCACUGAGAAUCCUCCAAAAUGCAAAGAUGGUCAGCCAGAGAUGAAUGACAAUCUGGAAUAUCAAAGUAUUAUUUUAUUUUUUGUUCAUCUCAGCAUUAUUUAAGAAUUGUGUACAUGGACUGAUAAUUGUAAAAUGAGAUGAUUUUUGUGUAAUUGUUUUGUAUAGAAUGACUGUGCCAUAAUCCAAGUUAAUGGAGUAGAUUUGGAAUUUUCAGACAGACACAACUAUCUGUAUUAGCAAAACAAACCAAUGACCAAUAGCUCUCAGCUACUGUAAGAAAGUAGUACCUAUGGCUUCAAAGUCUGGUAACGGGGUUUAUGGCUGCAUAAACAAUGAGGCUGUACACAAGAGAGCUGCAAUUCACAAUCAUCUGCCACAUAUUACCUGACUGGAUACCCACUGUUGUCCCUCUACCUCAACCUCUCAAAUCAGUUCAAGUGGUCAUUCAUUUGCACAACCAAUGCACCAUCUGCAUUGCCAAAGUACUUGGAUAUUGUAGUAAAAUUCCCUCACCUCACCCUCCUUCAUUCCUUCCUUUGACCCCCAUGUUUGAAACUGAUGCCUGUACAAAAUGUGUUGCCUUGGAGACCGGUACUCACUGUAACUGUGUCACACUGGGUGAACACAGUCACAAAAACUGUAUACUAACCCCCUGAGAGAGGUAUAGAGCAGUGGUUGCUAGUUACAAGCAUUUUGGAGAAAUAAAACUAUUAAAUGUCUGAAAUAAUGUUUUAGAUAUACAGAUGGUCCAUUUUAUUUAACUCAUAGUGGUUGUGUGAGCUGAUCAUAGGUUGGAUGAUAAGAGGAACAAAUAACCGAGUUAGCGCUUUAUAUACAGUUUCAAAAACAUGGGGGUUGCAAUAUGUUGUAGCCUGUUCUUAUGUGUGUGCCAAGCUACCACUAUAUGCUAGAUCAUCAAUAAACUUUGGAAUUCACUCUUUUGUGGCCAGAGGGUGCAGUUUGGAAA